AUGCGCUUGUCGGAGACAGCGGCGACGGCGGCGUUGUGCCUGGCGGGGGCCGGCAACGUCGCGGGUUUUCAGUCACCGUGGGUGGGGGGGCGAGCGGCGGGCGGGGCCGAGCAGCGGCAGCGAGGGGUAACAACAGCAACGGAGGCGCCGCAGAGCAGGCCGGGGAGGGCAGUGUCGUCGGUGUCUAUGGUGGCCAACAUGAACAAGACCAAGGGGAAGGGGAAUAAGGGAGACGAGCUACCCAACGUCAAGGUUUCGGCCAAGGACCGGCGAAUGGGUUCCAAGACUGAGGCGGACAAGAUGGACUCGGAGAGCUUCCCCAUUCUUGAGGACCUCGAGGAAGCCGAGGACACCAACAUCAAGGUGACCCCGAACGCGUGGAAGUGGCCGGCGCUUUGGCCCUACACCCCCGACUACUUCGACCGCCCGGACGAAUCGGAAGACGAGAAGACCUUCGCGACCGCCCGAAUGCAGCCCUGCCUGGAGGGGGCCCCCAAGGAGGCCCUGGUGGAGCACUACGCCCGGUUCCUCACGGAGGGCGCGGAGGUCCUAGAGAUCGGCGCAUCCGUGGCGUCGUACCUCCCGGAGGACUUGUCCUUCUCCAAGGUUGUCGGCGUCGGCAUGAACGACGAGGAAAUGAAGUCGAACCCUCGCCUCACGGACACCCUCGUGCAGAACCUCAACAGCAAGCCGGAGCUUCCUUACCCUGCCGAUUCGUUCGACUUCGUGCUGGUGCCGAACUCGAUGGAGUUCUUCACCGACCCCCGCCUCGUGAUGCGCGAGGUGUACCGCGUUCUCAAGCCCAAGGGGCUGUGCAUGAUCCCCUUCACCAGCCAGGGGGCGUACAAGGAGUACGAGAAGAAGCAGAUCAAGAUGUGGAAGACCAUGAACGACGCGCAGCACAUGUGGAUCAUCGGUUCCUUCUUCAAGUUCAGUGCCGACGCUGGGUGGGACGAUUUGAAGGGGUACGACAUGUCCACGGGGGAGAGCAACAUGCUGACCAAGUUUGUGGGUAACACCAACGAGCUCUUCGUCGUGCAGGCCAAGACGCAGGAGGAGAAGCAGGCCGCGCUGGCGCUCGUCGACCCGCUUGUGUCGGUGUACGACGUGCUCGCCGAGCUUCCGGUCGGCGUGCUCUUCGCGCCUUACAAGGCCAUCCUUGCGGAGGCCCUGGCCUCGUCGUGCUGGAUGGGCUCGGAGGAGCAGAUCGCGACUCUCAGAGAAGGGCUGGGGCUCACCCCCGCCGGGGACGAGUUCUGGGGACCCCUGGGGGAGGCGACGAAGUUCUUGCACCCGGAGGACAGGGUGCGGCUGCUGGUGGACUUCGUGAGGGCGUUCUCCGGCGAGGAGGAGAUGCGGCAGGCGCUCCUGGAGGUCAAGGAUGUGCUGGGACCGGUGUCCGAGACGCUCAAGGAGAAGCGGCCGCUGUGGAGCAAGCCGGACAACGAGCUCAUGACUACCGAGCUCAUCGUCACCGACUUCAUUGGUGACACGAAGGAGGGGCGCGAAGGGUUCUUGGAGUGGCUGAGAGGAGUGGACUCUCUCCAGCUGGAGGUGUGGGCGGACGAGCGCAAAAACUUCAAGGUCAAAGCCAAGGAGGAGAUGGAGUCUGGCGGGCGUCGAACAGCGGCGAUCUAG